AUGUUGCAUACCCUCGAACAUUUAUUGUAUAAUAUGGACGUGUAUGGGGCCAAUACCCAUAUACGAGACCAAUCGGCCAUGGAUGAUGCCAACGGUAGGGUUCCAGACCAUUCUGCCGCCGACAUGGAGCUAGAUAAAAACACUGGGCCAGUCGAGAUGCACAAUAUUCAACCAGAAGAUCGAGACGUACAACAAGCUCCGCAAGGAGAAGAGAUUCAGCAGAACGCCGAGAUUGAGAAACCGAGACAACUUGAAGGGAACCAGCGCGCAAAGAAGCGUGCUCGCAAGGCAAAGAAAGUUGUGCAGCACACCCCUUUCCUCCUGGAGGUGAAAACCGAAGCUGAAGAACCUUCUGAGUGCAUUGAGGGCGGUGCUCAACUGCAACAGGUACACCCGCCAACUCAAGAUGUCCCGGUGUGCGCGAUUGCCCGCAGCGCCAGGAAUAUUGGGGUUGGUUGGUCU